CCGGUCACCUUUAGGGACCUACAAACCGCGUUUUGGCUUAGGUAGCCGUGCCGCGAUGUGGUUCGAGAUUCUGCCCGGAGUCGCCAUCAUGGCCGUGUGCUUGAGCAUCCCCGGAAUGGCCACUGCAUACAUUCACAAGUUCAGUCACGGGCGCAAGGAAAAAAGGAUUGCUCAUUUGCGUUAUCACUGGAGUUUGUUGGAAAGAGAUAGACGCAUCUCUGGAAUGAAUCGUCACUAUGUGGCAAAGGGUUUGGAGAACAUUGAUUAAAGAAGAAUUUUCCUGCAUGAUGGAAAAAAAAAAAACCAAUGCAAUUAGGAUCAUCU